UAUCCCGGGCCAGUUACUGGCAGAAGGUGGUGAAUGAGGUGCUGCCGCUGCUGUGCCUGGGGCUGGUGCCGGCGCUGCUGGGGCUCAUCGGGUACCACCUCUACCGCAAGGCCACCAGCCCCAAGCUCUCCAAGAAAAAGCUGAAGGAGGAGAAAAGGAACAAAGCCAAAAAGAAAUAA